AUUUGCUAUAAUUAAUAAGCAAACGAUUCUGACGAACGGCGCUGCUCGGCCGCGGCCGGCUGAAAACACACAUCGCGGCGGUGACUCAGCCUCAGUCUGUUUGUGCGAGUUCGAGUGUUCACUUUGUGGUGUAUUUGGUAGCUUGGCGAAAUAGAAUUCCGGCAACAUGUUGAUGACUACCUCGUAUGACCCGUAUGAACAGCGCAAAACUAUGCAGGUAUCGGUGCUGGCAACGACCACCGAUCCAUCGAAGUUCGCUGAUGUGGUACGGCAAGGCGUUCAAAUGGAUUUGACGUGUGUUCGAGCGGUGCCAGAGGUGCUGAAAGCGCUGAACAUCAACAUCCCGACGUUGGUGAUCAACGUACAUGUAGACGGAUCAACGCCGUUCAGAUUCGGCACGCUGCAAAACAAUUUCGGAGAUGACGGCUUGGUGAUCGACUUGGUACUUCGCGACAACCAUUAUGAGGUGCGAGGAUUGCCGGAAGAGAACCAAAGCUCGCACGAUACGUCCGAAGACAACAAUUGUCUCUUCGAUGCGUUGACCCGGGUGAUCCCGCAGCUUUCGGAUAUCACUGGACCGGAAUUUCGCCGGCAGCUAGCUGACUGCAUCGAAACCAAUCCGGAUAUUCGACGAUACAUCCAGCUCGGCAAACACCAAACACUUCUGCUGAGUGGGGUCCAUGGUGGUUUGCCUCCUAGCCGUAGAAGGUCGAAUUCUAUUCACGAAGACCCUACCAAAGAGACUCCUUGUGCGAAACAUUUAGUGGACCGGUUUGAAGCCAUAUUCCUUAUGGCUGGCAUAAUUCAAUACUAUUCCGAAUCUAUGGGAAUACCUCGAGAUGAAGUUUUGUGCGCAGGUGCAAGUCUACAGCAAGACCGAAACAGUGCUGAUCCCUACCUGCAUGCUGCACAUGUCACGAGAAUGCAGAUAUCCGCGAGAGUAGAAGCAAUGAAACUUUCACAUCCGGUCUUGUAUGAAUACCUAACGACUCUCCUUGGAUACACGCAACUCGUAGAGAUAUGGGCAAAUAUGUGGGGCGGUGUAGGGCAAGAUAUCGACUUGAUACAAGGUGAUCUAAUAAGUCUGUUGGAAGUGAUAGAUUUCAAUCAGAAUCCACCAGCUCUCGUACGAAACUAUUCGUUGGCAAAAUUGAAGAAACUGAUUGAAAAGAUCAACACACAUCUACAACGUAGGAAUAAAAAUGCAACAGUAAUUACUCUACCAGACAGCAUCACAGCUACUUCAAUUGCUGAAAUCUGUAGACAAGCGUAUAUUGAAGUACUGCAAUAUUGGAGCGAUCACGAGCAAAAGAAAAUCUAUGACGCGAUUUGCAUCGAAAACAAAGUAAACAGACAGGAAUUCGUCGACGGUCAGUUAAUGAUUUAUGAUAUCAUUCAUGCGCUCCAUGAUGCUCGGGAUUGCAUCAGAAAAAAGGAUAAAAACAAGUUGCUGAAGCCCUCAAAAGUCGAGGAAUUUAUACUAAGAAUGAAGCAACACUGCACCGAACAUAAAGAUAACGACUUCAUAAGAGAUGAUUAUGAAGAUCCUGGUGAUCCUGGUGCAGCAAGAUGUAGCAAACGUUCCAAGGCAAGGCAAAGCAAGGGAAAAACAGCAUCCGAGAAAAGAAAAAAUCGAGAGAAGUGCGCAAAGACGGCACAGGUAAUGUACGAGCGGACUGCAGAAACCAACAUGACGGCGACAGUUGUUGGGGUAGGAUUGAUAGCUUUAGGAUUGUGUGGUCUGGGAGUGGUUGCUGGAGCAGCGAUAAUAGCAGCGACGGCAACAACAGCAACGACAGCAGCCGUAGGAACUGCGGCGGCAGCCGGAACUGCGGCAGCAGCAACGACGGCAACAGCAGGAACCGCGGCAGCAGCUGCAGGAACUGUGGCAGCAGCAGGAACUGCAGCAGGAACGGCCGCAGUAGCAGCAACGACGACGGCUGCUGCAACGCAUGCAAUAACAGUGAAGGCAGCAGUAACGACGGCAGCGGCAGCAACGAUGGCGGCAUUAGCAGCUGUAGUUUGAAAGGUGUAUUAGUUCUUUAAGUAUAACACAUCAUAGGAUGAGGAGCAGAAGGAGGAGGAAAAGGAGGAUUAUUGGGAGGAAGAGGAGAUGAUAUGUGUGUAUUGGUUAAGAAAACAUCUAAUCAGAUAAAAAGUGUGAACCACAUUAUGAAAAACUUAUACACGCGAUAAUUUUAUUUUUAUUUUGCAGGUCUAUGUUUCCAUUUGAUUGCAACUGCUGAAUAAAGGAGUAUACAGUCUGUCAAUUUCUAAUAAGAACUGUCAAGGACCCGCUUAAGCAGCCGUGAGUUAAGUGCAGAUUUUGCAUGCCAAGAAACGUCACUAUUAAAAGGAACAAAGGGUCAGUAAAGUUAAACAGAAUUAUCAAAAUCAUGCAAUUGAAAAGAACCAAUAAAAAAAUAUAUUAUGCUGGUAA